CGGCGCGGGGGCGGGACCCUGGGGCCGCGUCCCGCCGGCGGGGGAGCGGUGAUGGGCUCGGCGAGCGGGCUCCCCGCGCUGGCGGAGCCCACCGGGCCCCGCCCCGCCGCCGGGCGUCCCGCCCCUCUCCCGGCGUCCCCCGGCGGCGGCCAUGGCGGACGGCGGCGGCGGCGGGAGCGGCCGGGGCCCGCCGUGCCCCGGGGCGGCCGCGGCGCUGCGGCGCUGGGAGCAGCUGCGGCGGCGGGCGGCGGCGGCGGCGCCGUGGGCCCGCGGGCUCCUGGCCGUGGCCGCCGGGCUCGGCCUCUUCUACGUGGUGCUGCGGGUGCCGCUGCGGCUCCGGGACAGCCUGGCGGCCGUGACUGUGUUCUUAAGCACUUUGACUCCGAAAUUCUACUUUGCCCUUACAGUGACUUCGUCUUUUAUAUCUGGACUGAUAUUUGUGUUUGAGUGGUGGCAUUUCCGAAAAUACGGCACGUCUUUCAUUGAGCAGGUUUCUGUGAGUCAUUUGAGGCCCCUCAUUGGUGGUGCAGAAAACAGCCCUCCAGCACCAGCAGCAUUCUCUGCUGGAGAGAAUGAGACAAGCAGGCAGAAUAUGCCAGAGUGCAAAGUGUGGCGAAAUCCUCUCAAUCUUUUCAGAGGAGCAGAGUAUAGCAGAUACAUGUGGGUGACUGGGAAGGAGCCUCUUACAUACUAUGACAUGAAUUUGUCUGCUCAAGAUCAUCAGAACUUUUUCACGUGCGAUACAGAUGCCCUUCGGCCAUCAGAUACAGUUAUGCAGAAAGCAUGGCGAGAGAGAAACCCUCAAGCCCGGAUUAAAGCAGCGUAUCAAGCUUUAGAGUUGAACAAUGAUUGUGCCACUGCAUAUGUCCUCCUGGCUGAGGAAGAAGCAACAACUAUCGUGGAUGCUGAGAAGUAUUUCAAGCAGGCUCUGAAAGCAGGAGAAAUGAUUUACAGAAAGUCUCAGAACUGCCAUUCCCAAAGCCCCCAGCAUGAAGCACAGCUGAGAAGAGACACCAAUGUAUUGGUGUAUGUGAAAAGGAGACUAGCUAUGUGUGCAAGAAAACUUGGAAGAAUACGAGAAGCAGUGAAAAUGAUGAGAGAUUUGAUGAAAGAGUUUCCACUUCUCAGCAUGCUGAAUAUUCAUGAAAACCUCCUGGAGGCACUGCUGGAGUUACAGGCUUAUGCAGAUGUCCAGGCAGUUUUAGCAAAGUAUGAUGAUAUCAGUCUUCCAAAAUCAGCAGCAAUAUGUUACACAGCAGCCCUGUUAAAAGCCAGAGCUGUUUCAGAAAGGUUCUCCCCAGAAACUGCCUCCAAAAGAGGGCUUAGUACAGCAGAAAUUAAUGCUGUGGAAGCAAUUCACAGAGCUGUGGAAUUUAACCCUCAUGUUCCAAAGUAUUUACUAGAAAUGAAAAGCUUAGUGCUACCUCCAGAGCAUAUUCUGAAACGAGGGGACAGUGAGGCAGUAGCAUAUGCUUUUUUUCACCUCCAGCACUGGAAGAGGAUAGAAGGGGCUCUAAAUCUGCUGCACUGUACAUGGGAAGGCACAUUUAGGAUGAUCCCGUAUCCAUUAGAGAAAGGUCAUCUUUUCUAUCCCUAUCCGAGUUGCACAGAAACAGCAGACAGAGAGCUGUUGCCAACAUUUCACGAAGUCUCCGUUUACCCACAGAAGGAACUUCCCUUUUUCAUCCAUUUCACAGCAGGCCUAUGUUCCUUUUCGGCAAUGCUUGCCCUCCUUACGCACCAGUUCCCUGAGCUGAUGGUCAUUUUUGCUAAAGCUAUUAUUGUACUCUUGAUCCCAUUCCUGAUGUUUUCAGAAGCAUUCAGAAAACUUGUAAGAAACGAUAUUCAAUAUCAAACUAACACUUCUGAUUUUAUUCAUAGAUUGCUUCAGUAUUUUAACUAUAGAUAAUGCUGUGAUUGCUGCUAGCACUUUAUAAAGCAUUAUCUCUUGUGUUCUGGAGGUAUGUGGCAGUAGCAUCUAGUUGAAUUUUCAUAACGAAAAUGAAAGUUUACCUUCUCUUUAAUGACACCUGCCUCUCCACCCAAGAAUACUGUAAUAAAACAAUUAUUAUUUGCUGUAUUUAGUGUUGUAUCUGCAGGUAAUUCCAGUGCAUUAAGCGUUCUGAAUGAAAUUUUUUUUUCUGUGUAUUUCAUUAUUUCAAGUAUUUUUUCAUGACACUGUUUAAACUUACUAAAUAUAGUAAUUUGAGAUAAUAAAGUUCUAGAUGGUAGAUAGCUGGAGUGCUUUGACCUUACCGAAAAAGCAAUACAAAAUAUGUUUCCAACAAAUUGUUGAAUUGUUGGAUUUCCAGCAAAUCUAGAACACAGUUUUAGGAAUGACAAUUGGAAAGUAUUGUGUAUAUGGAAUUUUUCACUGUAAAUCUCUAAGCGACUUAAAUAUGACUCCUUAGAUUACAUUUCAGUUACUUCUUAAUCAAACUGUUGUUUCCAGCAAUUGAAUCUACAGCAAACUGCAUGCCUCUAAAGGGUUUUAAGUAGUUGAAUACCUUUCUAUUGACUUGAAAAGUCUGAGUUUACAUAUUUUCAUUUGCUAGUGCUUGAGUUUGUUUCCUCCGUAAUAAAUCACAGGGUAAACCUUGGCAAAUUGCUAAAAAUAUUGUAAGUGGCCAAAAAUCACAAUGAAGCAUUUGCUAGUUCCAAUGUAUACAGCGUAGUACACCAUCAACAGAGCCUAGAGCACUGGCACCGGCUGCAAGUUGGCUCCCUCUGGAAUGGGAGGCAGUCCUGCCUCUGUGCUCCCUGGCCCUGGGACCAGGCGCCGGAGGGAUUUUUGUUGUGUCUUGCACAGGUGGAAGGGUUUGCAGGCACUAGGGACUGGUGCUGGCAGAAGUGCUUAGCAUUUAUGCGUCCAGUUAGAGCCAACUGUGGCUUGUUAGUUGUCUUGCAACUCGGACUUUUAAUGUUCUUUGACUAAGGGAAGAUGUACCAUGUGAGUCAGUGCCAGUGAGGACAGUGGAACAGGCAGCGCUAGAGAGCUCCGUAUGACCUGCAGUAUGAGUUCAAGUGCUCUCAGUGGGUAAGACCUCAGCCUUGCUCUUUGUUUCAGCUAGAUUUCUGAUCUCGUGGAGAAUCACUCUGUUCUUGAUCAUCAGAGACAGCUCUGUUUCUUAAGUAGUUGCUGUUCAGAAUUUUCUCAGUAAGUGACGGAAGGGAGGAGGUACGCAAAAGGGAUGACAAUCUAUACAGUUCACUGAGCAAGCUGAAAAAUACUCUGUUACAUAAAACAACUUCUGUUGAAACUGCAGGUAAAAGGGUCUGAUUAUUCUUCCAUUCAGUGUGAAUUUUUAUUAAUAAUUACAUAGGUGGAGAACUGGGUAGCUAUAUAUCAUCUUGCAAAAGUGAUAUUGCACAAUUCCUUCUGUAUUAUCUUAUAAAGACACUGAGGAGUCUGCCUUCAGGAAAACUAGAGAUGCAGAGUGACAGCAGGCACUGUGAAUAGUCUUCUCAGAAGUUCCUGAAAACAACUAACAUGCUUACCUUCCAAGCAAAUCAAUCCCAUUUUUUAAGUCCAAACCUAAUGCUACUGGAAUAGACCAGUAUUAGUUAAUGUUAAAGUAUUGAAAAAAUAUUGCAGCAGUGUUCCUGCUGAAAACAACUUCCUUGUUCAGGGAAUUGGACAAAAUCCUAAGACAGUCCAUGUUCCAAAGUGUUAUGAUAUGGAUCGCUUGAUAUUUUGACAACAAAGAAAGAAGUCAUGGGACUUAAAUUAAAAAUUGGCUAAUUUUUAUGGUUGCAAGAUUAGGAGAAAACGUUUCUCAUUCUGGUUGUUCUGUAGCUCCCUGUUAGAGGAUUCCUUGCCAUUUUGCUGAUAGCAGCCAUCUAGAGACAGAAAAUAGGACUAAACAGAGCCCUGUCUGGCAAGUCCUGCUUUCUGUGACACUCUGCUUUACUUUCUGAACAAAUCCCCCUACCCCUUUCCCCAAAGCUCAUUAAGUGAGACUGGAGAAUUAACUUUUUACCCAGCUGCUGAACUUUUCAUAUUUAUAAACACUUGAGUCUUUUGCUUAUCUAAGAGAAAAUGUGUAUAGUUUGGAGAUGUGCACUUCCCUGCCAAUGUGUAAUGAGUGGUUCUACACUUCAUAGAAAAAAAAGCCUGAAGUUUCCUGUCACAGCUGAGUGUCGAUGCCAAGGGCAAAGGUUUCUUGCCUUGCUAAUCUACAUCUUAACUCAUGCACUUAAUGUGAAGGUGCCACACGCAAACAGGCAGGGAAGAAGCUAGCUGCAAUGAAAAGUUACUGCGCUGCUGUGAAUGUUAUGUUUUAAAAGCCUUUUUAAUGUAAUAUUUGAGGUUAUGAUAGAAGCCAGGAGGGCCAAAGUAAAACCCUCAAAGUAAAUGAGUCCUGUCAUUGCUGCCUCAUGAAAAGAGGGUUUGUAUGAGGAUAACACGAGUCCCAGCGGAAUACUUGGGGGAUGGGUUGAGAAGGUGCAGGGGAAUUUGUGCCAUUUGUUUUAGCCUAAUCUUUAUUUCUGGAACU